ACACAAUGGGAGCUACGGGAAACAAAAUAUACUUUGGUCUGUCAACCAUCAUAUCAGCCCUACCGUCACUAUUUGGAUACCACCUUUACCAAAAAGGCCGCAAAUAUGUUGCAUACCUACUUUACUCUUCUUCAUUCUUUGUGUUUGGACUAUUCAUCGCCAUCUUUAUAAGUUACCAAACCUUGCGGCAUGGUACUCCUUAUGUAUUCUCAUUCCUCACAAAGAUCAACCAUUUACUCGCCCCGAUCGCCAAAAAUCUUGCCGCCAGCAGAAUACUCGGUCCCUGUAUUUCUCUAGUCGUCCGAUCGAUUUUUUUCGUGUGUUUUAUGUUCAUUAUCAUGAGCGAUCGUCUGGUCCGUACCUUUCUCGGUAGAUUUGUUGGAAAACAUGCAUCGGAACGAUAUAUAUCCGUUUGCAAUGCUGCCGAUCCCAACUUUGACAUGUUUGAUUCUACAAUUCCUCAGGCACCGUGUUUAGAGAAUAGUGAGCAAUUUGCUCUCAAGAAACGUACCUCGGUGCAACCAGGUGACCAAAAAGGGUUCUUGACGGAUCAAAUGCAACGUCCAAAAUAUUCUCAGCCUCUUGCAUACACAUUGGCUGUUGCUUGCAAGUUGGUUUAUGAAGAUAUCGCGCUUAUUAAAUACGAGCUCAGUCGAGCUGGAUUUGACGUUGAGAAUACAUUUAAGCCCAUGGCCUACAAGAAUAUCUGUGCAUUUAUUGUGGAAAAAGAAGAUGAUAUUAUUCUGGUUUUUAGAGGAACCAAUCCUCUCAAUAUGCAGAACUUUGUUACCAACUUAAACAUUAAUAUGAAACCCAUCAGCUCGCCAACUGCUAGUAUGGGUAAAGUACACGAAGGAUUCUGGAAUGCAAUGGGAGACCCCGCACCUCGCGUGAAACCAGAAGAAGGAUCCACGACAGCUGUAGUCAAUGAUACAGGAAUUACCCUUCACAUCGAAUUGAGUGGUGCUUCGUUGUACAGGACCAUCUCGUCUGCUGUCACGGCAUUAAAAAAGAUUCUGGGAUUCAUGACCCUUCACAUGUUCAAGCAUGUUGUAGACCCUAUUGACAGCAGCUGGAUGGGACACGACACAGAUAUCACAAGUCACAGCAUGUAUUCUCAAGCAGAGAAUUGGAUCAUGGAUCUAUGUGAGCGUCCUGGAUUGAGAAAGGAUGAGUUGGGUGACAGACUUUCUCCGUUUAUUGGGCUCGACAAUACUGGCACGCUCAGAAAGCCUGGAAAGAAGAGAUUCUACAUCACUGGUCACUCUCUAGGAGGUGCCCUUGCAACAACUUUCUUGGCAAAGAUGAUGCAGUCUGAAAGUCCUCUUCUUGAAAUAUUCUCUGGUCUCUACACUUAUGGACAACCCCGUGUAGGAGAUGCUGAAUUCUCUCGAGUAUUUACCCCCCAAAUGUCAAGCAAGAUUUUCCAUCAUGCUUACAAUAAUGAUGUUGUGGCCCGUAUCCCAGGAUGGAAUGGUUACUAUACUCCUCCUGGUACACUUGUUUUCAUCAGUGCAAGCUACAAUAUUACCUUCUACCCACCGAACCCACAAACAAACGAGCCAGUUUCUGUUAGACCCAUUUCGUUCCUUCAUCUCUCCGGUCUCUUGAAUUCGCAUGUGAUCCGAAGACUUCCCAAAGAAUCGUUUCUAAAGGUCGCCUUCCGUGUCUUGUUCCCCUUUUUCAUCAAUGAUCACUUUCCUGCAAAUUAUUGUGACGGUCUGCGGUCCGGAAGAGUAAAAAGAAUCGUAAUGACCGAAGGCAAUUUCCAAGGUGGCCAAGACAAUGAGGAAGAAGAAGGCGAAGAAGCCAAGCUUAUGGCACAGAACCAACGGUACAGCACAAUCAAUGUCCAGGCAGUACCUUGAGACGGAUAAUUAAAAUUCAUAUACUUCUUGGAUCUUGACUGCCUUGCUUUGCUUUGCCUUGCUUUGCCUUGUUUAUAUAUUUAUUUCCUUAUUGUUAUUCCUUGUUAUAUUCCUUGCUUUCAUUGUAUGAUUUUUCUUGUUCUUUUUUUUUCCUCUUGUUCUUUAAAAAUAAAACAAAGACAAACCAAGCC